UCUUCCUCUCCGGCUGCUACACCGCUGUGGCCGUGGCCUACAUCGCCGGCUUCCUCCUGGAGGAGAGGGUGGUCUGCAACGAGCGCUUCGCUGAGGACGGUUCCCGGACUGUGGCGCAGGGCACGAAGCGGGAGGGCUGCACCAUCCUCUUCAUGAUGCUCUACUUCUUCAGCAUGGCCAGCUCCAUCUGGUGGGUCAUCCUCUCCCUCACCUGGUUCCUGGCCGCCGGCAUGAAGUGGGGCCACGAGGCCAUCGAGGCCAACUCCCAGUACUUCCACCUGGCCGCCUGGGCCGUGCCAGCUAUCAAGACUAUCACCAUCCUGGCCCUGGGGCAGGUGGAUGGGGACGUGCUCAGCGGCGUCUGUUUUGUGGGCAUCAACAACGUGGACGCACUGCGGGGCUUCGUGUUGGCUCCCCUGUUCGUUUACCUGUUCAUUGGCACCUCCUUCCUGCUGGCCGGCUUUGUGUCCCUCUUCAGGAUCCGGACCAUCAUGAAGCACGAUGGCACCAAGACAGAAAAGCUGGAGAAGCUUAUGGUGAGGAUAGGGAUCUUCAGUGUCCUCUACACGGUGCCGGCCACCAUUGUCAUUGCCUGCUAUUUUUACGAGCAAGCUUUUAGAGAACAGUGGGAAAGGAGCUGGGUCACACAGAGCUGUAAGAGCUAUGCCAUCCCCUGUCCUAAUAACCACAGCAGCCAUCACCCGCCCAUGAGCCCCGACUUCACCGUCUUCAUGAUCAAGUAUCUCAUGACCUUAAUUGUAGGCAUCACCUCGGGCUUCUGGAUCUGGUCUGGGAAAACACUGAACUCCUGGAGGAAGUUUUACACCAGACUGACCAACGGCAAGCAGGGGGAAACCACCGUGUGAAACCCCAGCCCGCCAGGCUGAGGGGAGACCGCCUGGGCGGCCGGGCGGCUGCGAGAGCCGGGCGCCGCUCGCCAGUGCCCACCGCGCCUGCCAGCCGGUGGUGCAGAGAUACUUGUGCUUAUCCAGCCUCAGCAAACUUUCCGGACUGCUAGUCGUUUCUGCAGGCUACGGGGAACAGAGAGGAAAAAAGAGUCAGGUUUUGUAAUGGCUUUGCUUGGAGUUUCAGUUGCAUGAACAGCAGGGCCUGGACUGAGGCUGCUGUGACUGCCUAGGGCGCCUCCUGACACAGGCUGGGUCCUGAUCCCAGCCUGCCCGAGGUAUGUGGAGGUGGGGGGGGGG